UUCUCUCUCGCUCCGCUCCUUCGUCUUCGGCGGUGAUGCUAACGUCGGAGCCGCCUGCCUGGCCGUCCUGCCUGGGAUGGAUUUAGAAGAAUCUUUCCAAAUUGUCGGCGAGUUCGGACCUUACCAGAGGCGAGCGGUGACUGUUCUGGUUCUGACCCAGGUGUACAUGGCCUGUCAGUCCAUGCUCAUCGUUCUGGUUGGAUCGACUCCAGAGUACCGGACUGAGCAGCAGGACAUCGUUCCGUCCAGCCAGCAGCCAGCAGUCACCUUCACAGAAGACAUCGACUCCAUAGUGACUGAGUGGUUUCUGGUCAAGCAGCAGGCCUAUAAGGUCAGUCUCGCUGGAUCGCUCUUCUUCGCCGGGCUGCUGGUCGGGAACGUUGUUUUUGGGCCACUCUCCGACAAGAUUGGAAGAAGACCCGUUUACCUGACAGGUCUGUUUUUCGAGGUGAUCUUUGGCUAUGUGACCGCCUUGGCGCCCAGCUACGAGGUCUUCGCCGUGUCUCGCCUCUUGGUCGGGCUGAUGAAUGGUGGCAUCGGCCUCGUCUGCUUCGUCCUCACUCAGGAGUAUGUGGGCAAAUCCUACUGGGCCAUGACCGGCACAUUGGCCAGCAUGACAUUUGCGGUUGGCAUCGCCCUGUUUGGAGCUCUGGGUUACUUCAUCCGGCCUUGGAGGAACCUGGCCACGGCGGCCAACUCAUCCGGUGUCCUGUUCUUCCUGCUGUCUGUAACUCUUCCAGAGUCUCCUCGUUGGCUGUAUUCUCAGGGUCGGACAGAGCAGGCCGAAGAGGUUCUGCGCUACAUGGCGCUGAGGAACGGCAACGCUGCCAAACACCUGGUGCUGCAACGUGUUGGUGCCGCCAGAACUGGUAACCAUAGCAACAGGGGCACUAGUGUCCUGCAGCUGGCGAUCCAUCCAGUCCUCCGUCUGAGGACCAUGGUGCUCAUGUAUGUCUGGUAUGCCUGCAGUCUGGUUUACUACGGUUUGACUCUGGGGGCCAGCGAGACGUCUGGUAGUCGAUACCUUAACGUGGCCAUGUAUGGCCUGGUGGAGCUGCCAGCCUACCCACUCUGCAUUUACUUCAUCAACAAACACUGGGCUGGGAGGAGGAAAAGCAUGGCCUGUUUUCUGUGUCUGGCUGGUUUGGCCUGCCUCCUCACCAUGUUCAUCCCUGAAAACACUGGGACUUUGCUGAGUGUUACAUCUUUAGCACUUCUGGGAAAGCUGAUGGUCAGUGCAGCGUUCAACAUUGCCUAUGUUUACACCUCUGAACUCUACCCAACAGUCAUCAGAAACGCUGGUUUGGGAGUUUGUUCCAUGUCAUGCAGAGUUGGAGGAAUCCUUGCGCCAUUUGUUCCCUCCAUGCGGGCCCUCCACAGCUCCAUGCCCUUCACCGUGUUCUGUCUGAGUGGUCUGUCUGCCGGCUGUCUGGGUCUCCUGCUGCCUGAAACCCUCAACAGACCUGCAGCCGAAACUCUGGAGGAGCUCAGCAGCCCGACGCACAGCCGAGUGCUGGAGAGCAAGCCUCUCUUUUAUGAAGAUGACAAAUGGAAAUCAAACCAUGAAUGAAGCUGCCGGCUUCGUCUUCAUCACCGGAGUUCGUUCCUCGUGGAGCCGCUGCCUUGAAACUGUGAAUCGUCCCUUUGAUUGACUUAGAGGACGAGUUCGCUGGACGUUCCAAAUGGAGCAGAUGCCGACCGGCGCUCUGCCUGCAGGCCGAGGACGCCGCUGAGCGACUGGAAGGUUUCUCUUUUUACAGGAAAGCCACACAGUCCAUCUUCUACCUUCGUUGCAUUUCCUGACCGCUGCCGUGACGUUAGUGCCUUAUCUGGAGGUGGACAGCUGGAGGAGACAGGAAACGUGACUUACUUCACAUUCCAGAGAUGCUGGGAGGUUUGUAGGAGCCAUUUUUUAAAGCUUGACUCUCCCAGCAGCUCAACAGGCCAGUGUUUCACCUCACAUUCCCGUACAUCACGCAUCCUUUAAACACAUUCCUCCAGUUAUGUUUUUAGGACCACGCUGAAUGUUUGAUGCCAUAAAAUCAAGCUUUUACUGAAGCUGCUGACAACAAACACAAAUCCGACUGAAAUAACUGGGUAUAACAACAAACGGAUCACUAGAACAUGUUUUGGUUGGAUUUUUUUUAAUUUCUGAGCCCGUUAAAGGUUUAUAUUCAGAGUUAUUAACCCUGCUGAUCUCAGAACACCAUCACACAUCAUCCAGCAUCAUCUGAUACGUGACUUUUCCAGUUAUUCCAUAUUUUUGCAGCACAAACUGACGAUCAGAUUACUCUAACCUGCUGACUUUAACCCUCUAAACCUAAAGCAGUUUUUUUUUGUUGCUCCUGUCACAUUAUUCUUCACUUUAGGCUAAUUUUUCUCUCCAGUAUAAAGUCCUGCACCUGUAUGGAAACAGAACAACCGUGGCCAGAAUUAGAUAGAACUCAGAAAUAAGUAGGAUGUAGCUUUAAUCCCAUAAAUCUUAAAAAUGGAUAAAGCAAAAGGUUAAUUUCUGAUUACGUGUUUUACAAAAAUACGUGGAAUUAACAUGUCUGACAUUUUCCAAGCGCCCACAGGUGACACCCACAAUUUUUCUCAAUUUUUUUUUUUAACAGAUUUUACAGACUCUAGCUCGAGCAUAUGGUUCAUUUCAAGCACUUUUUAAACAUGAGACAUCUAGAUUAAAAGGUGUUUAAUUAAAUAUUGCAAUUUCAAGUGUAGGUUUGGUAAAUAUGCGUCACAAAUGAGCAGUUUGAAACCCUAUUUUUAAGUUUCCAACGGAUAAUCGAUGCUUUUUUAAAGGCCUUUCAAACCUGCUGUAGGGUUUCUGGGUUCAGAGGGUUAAACUGUAGAUGUUCAGAUGUUUCAGGGAAACCUAGAUUAUUAUUAUCUUUCUGAAUGUUUCAAGCUGCUUGAUUAAAUUUGAGGAGUUUCACAUGCAACUGUGGGAUGUUUAUUUUCUGUCGUCACAGGUUUUUGUGCGUUCAACAGCUGCUGCAUCUGGAUGUAAACUUCUAUGUCUAUACAUUGAUAUCUGAGAAAGAGGUGUCCUUUCUGUACUGCUGGGAGAGGUGCUGUGUAGUCAGUUAAAAUAAACUGGUUUGUGGGAGUCAUUGUCGGUAUGAUCUAAUUAAAAGAACCUCUGAUAAAUCACCAUGACUUCACACUAACAGAUAAUAGUCAAUCAAACCUUUGCAGAUUUUCAAUCAAACAUGCCAGAAUAAUUUAUUGUAAGUUUAAAAACACUCAAGAAGCAUUCUGCCUACUGUGCCUUCUUAUGUCGUCUUUUACUGUGACAAAGUUGUAAAAUAUCACAAAGAAAACUGCCGAUAUAUAUGAAUGGGGAUGUAAUUAAAGGUGUUGAAUGUUUUAUGGGCUGUUAUUUUGUAUGAUUCACAGUCCAUCUGUUGUAAAUAAACUAUGUACGGCGAUAUCUGUGGAAAAAUCUGUUUAUGUCAAAAACAGUAAAAGCCUGAAAACUU